UGGGCUUUACUCGCACUUUUCCGGUGAGAGGAAACAGAGCGGCGGAGUAACGGGAACAACUGGGACGCAUCGGGAUUUAAACCAAAAAACACGAGCUCUCACCAGACUGCGACUAAUUAAACAGGAUCAUUUUGGAUGUAGCUGAGGCACACCGGCCGUUACUUUGAGGAUGUCCUGGGCUUUCAAAUAAUUAAUUUUCUCGACCAAACAUUGAAUAACUGGACAUUUAUCAUUUAACUUGUGUCCUAAUUUGGAUAGCCUUUUUAUACACAAACUUUCCCCGACACUUGAACCUCAACUGUUCUCACCAUGGCGAACAUUUGUCCUUACGGCCGCUUCACCCACGCCGUCGUCCGUGGUAUCCCAGAAUCCUUUGGGAAAGCCCCUCAUGAUGAACAUCAGAAUGGAGAGCAAAAUGGCGAUGCGAGUGUGGACUUGGCCAAAGCUCAGCGUCAGUUCGGCUGUUUAACGGGAGCUUUGAGACAAAAGGUGGGUCUACAGCUCAUUGAGAUUCCCCCAGACCCGGACCUCCCUGAGAGCUGGAGGAUCGAAGAUGUGGUGGUAAUCCAGGGGGACACGGCCCUUAUCACCAGACCCUACAAACAGCAGAGGCGCACUGAGGCAGAGGCGGUGCGGCGCGUCCUGUCUGAGCUGGGCCUGACGGUGGUGGAGAUGGGGGAGGAAGAGGGGGGCUCUGGAGGGGCCACUCUGGAGGGCAGUGAUGUCCUAUUCACUGGGAGAGAGUUCUUUGUGGGAGUGUCGUCCCACACCAACCGCAGGGGGGCCGAAGUGCUUGCAGACACCUUCAGGGACUUUGCAGUGUCCACGGUCCCAGUCUGUGGAGGAGCCAGACUCAAAAACAUCUGUUCAAUGGGAGGUCCUGACACCAUCGUCUUCAGCAACAGUGAAGGGGCCAAGAAGACGCUCAGGAUGAUGGAGCAGUUGACAGACCAUCAUUAUGAGAUCCUGACUGUCCCAGAGGAAGCCGCCGCAAACUGCAUCUACAUCAAAGGAGCAUCCAAACGAGACUUCCUGAUCCACCGCCCGACAGAGGAGGCGCCAGAGAGCACAGCUGCCUUCCAGAAGCUGCAGGACUACACUCUGCUGCCCACGGCCUGCAGCGAAGCCUCUAAAUUGGGCGCGUGUCUGUCAUCCCUCUGCCUCCUCAUCAACAGAAAACACUCAUUCUUUUAAACAAAAAACAGGUUUAUAAUCCAAGCCCAAAAUUCAACUAUCUCCGCUCUUUUCUAUUUAUUGCUGAGGGAAACUAUGACUCUACGGUACACUAUGGGAAGUCCAACUAACAUCUGCAGGCUGGUUUACUCAAGGGAAAAUUCAUGACCUGUUCUGACUAUUUUCCACAUCAACAAAACCACUCUUGUCCUACUGUACAGGGCUGCGUAUAACAGUAUUAUUACCACUAUGUUAAACUGUUUCAAUCAGUUUUUAAAGUGUUGUAAUUUUGUUUAUCUAUGCAAUUGUUUCACUAUGGUUGUAGCCUCCUUUAUAUGAAUUGUAGACACCAUAUAUUUGUGUAUAGUUAUGUACUGUCUGUCAAUAAAAGCUGCUUUUAUAAACAUUGUUCUCAACAUCUUUUCAUAUAU